AUGCCAACAAACGUGAAACAAACAACACAACUACUCAAACCUCUUCGACUUUUGUUGUUGGGAGCCCCAGGGUCCGGUAAGGGAACGCAGACUUCGAGAUUAUUGAAAGAAAUUCCUCAGUUAUCCUCAAUUUCGUCUGGUGACAUUCUGCGUCAAGAAAUCAAAUCAGAAUCCGAAUUGGGGCGGGAGGCUGCUACUUACAUUGUCCAGGGAAAGCUACUACCAGAUGUCCUUAUAACGCGUCUGGUAACAUUUCGCCUUUCGGCGUUGACGUGGUUGAAACCAUCUGCUGCAUGGCUACUUGACGGAUUCCCUCGAACCACUACACAGGCUUUGGCUUUGGAUGAACUUUUGAAGCAGCAUGACGCCGACUUGAAUCUAGUGGUGGAGCUAGACGUGCCAGAAUCCGUCAUACUGGAAAGAAUUGAAAACAGAUAUGUUCACGUCCCUAGUGGGAGAGUGUACAACUUGCAAUAUAACCCUCCAAAGGUACCGGGCUUAGACGAUAUCACCGGCGAACCUUUGACUAAAAGACUUGAUGACACCGCACAAGUGUUCAAGAAAAGACUAGAAGAGUAUAAUAAAACGAAUGAGCCAUUAAAGAAAUAUUACGAAAGGAGCGGGGUUCUUAGUACAAUCUCAGGGGAAACCUCAGAUAUCAUCUUCCCAAAACUGCUAAACUUAAUAACCAGUCAAUUUGGGGAUUAG